GCGUAAUAAUGCCCAACACCGAGACCAUCCGCGUUCCUCACCUUGGGGGCAUUGAUGUCGCGUAUCAGAUGCCCCGGGCGUACGACAGUGCUAAACCGACAGUAGUGCUUGUCAAUUCCUUCAUCACCGGUUCCGAACUGUUCCGCCCGCAGUAUAAUGACAAGAGGCUAACAGAUAGCAUGAAUCUUCUGUCGAUUGAGCCCCUGGGUCAUGGCGAGACGCGGACAUCCCGCGAAUUCUGGACUUACUGGGACAGUGUUGAGAUGAACUUCCAAGUCCUCGACACACUUGGUAUUGAUAAGACAUUCAUACUAGGGACUAGUCAGGGGGGCUGGAUUGCGGUGAUGAUGGCCCUGCUGCGGCCAGAUAAGAUCCAGGGAGUAAUCCUACUUGCAACGUCACUGGACUCCGAAUCUGAUAGAUCCCGCCAGCUGGGAUGCUGGGAUGGCCCUGGUGUCGUUGGCCCUUUUACAAAACAGUGGGAAGCUGAUCAACCAACCGAAGACUUCCGAUUAUCCGAUGGCUUCUGCGAUAUGCUCCUCAGAGCCAGUUUCGGUAAUCACAUGGCCGCAGAGCAUGAUUUCUGGAGUGCCGUGAUCAAGAUGCAUUACCAAGGCGACGACGGCCGUCGUCGGAUUCGCAUGGCUACAGCUAAUUUACUUGAAAGGGAGAGCCUGCAUGCGAGACUGUCGGAUAUUCGGUGCCCUGUCCUCUGGAUACAGGGAACCGAGGAUACCAUUUAUACUCUUGCAAACGCAGCCGAAGAAAUUUCCUUAUUCACUCGGUCGCCAGAUGCUCGCCUGGUGGUUGUGGAUGGCGGUACACACUUCCUCAACGGUACUCAUCCUGAGGCUGUAGGCAGAGAUGUGCUGGAGUUUGUAAACACGUUUAAUCACUGACUGGAGUAUAUAUUAUGGAAGGCACUGGAGUCAGUCGGAAUCAAAAAAAUACGAUCAGUUGUUAAGAAUGUAACUAAUGCUUAAG